GGGAAAAUCUGCCACAGAAUCAAGACGUGGCACCGCGCCACCGGGGCUGAAAUAUAUAUAUAUAUAUAUAUAUAUAUACACAUACAUAUAUACGUCUGCAUAUAUAUAUAUAUAUAUAUAUAUAUAUAUAUAUACAUAUGUGCAUACAUACAUAGCUACAUAGGCACGUAUACGCUAUGUCUCGUGCCGAGGCUCAGCUGGAUCCGCUCGGCUAAUCGUGUAACCUGUGUGACUCUGUAGUUGGUGCAUCUCCUUUGCGUUGGAUCAACCUGAUGCUGAGUUUUAAGGAUAAAAAUUUCAUGGCUACUUGCCAAUGUGUUUUGCAAUUUGUUUCGUCAUAUUUUGAGUGAAAAGAAGGAUAUAUUAUUUUGCGUUAUUUCGUUUGCUUUGGAAACUACUAUAAACGAAGUAUAUAAGUGCGCUCAGAAACUGGCGAAUGUUAAGCCGGCGACAGGGAAGAUUUAUCCGUUAUUACGGUUGAGCAAUUUCACAGUGUUAACGAGAGUUGGAAUGCGUGGCUUGGUAGGCUACCGCAAGAGGAUUUCCAAGUGCUGCUGCAAAGGAAUUCAGGCAUGUGGCCGUAAAGCCUUGACUUCGUUCAAACGCGCACAAAGUGUCCUCUCUUGGAGUUGAAAAUUCCCACUGCGGCAAAAUCUCCAUGACAAAGUAAGCAGGUGGAUAGGAAGAAGUUCGAAAGCAAGAAAAGGCCGAUUCCUGAAAACUUCAACGGUCCUGCGGGACGACGACGUACACACACGCAUAUCUGUUUGUCCCGCAGUGGCUAGGGGAGACGCGCUUGAGAAGCAGUAACAUUCUACUUUUGCCAGCGGCAACGGCAUCAGUAGAAAAGUAUUUUCCAAGAAAUACGCUACCAGAAAGUUGUACCAGUCAAGCGAGUAUCGCGUGGUCCCGCCAAUCUCACGCGCUGCUGCUUUGCAUUGUCACAAGUUUCCAUGGAACAGGACCUGCAGAUCAGCCUCGGGCUCUUUUCCGACAUCGUCAAAGUUUUGUAUGCCACAACAGCUAUAAGAUAUUCGGAAGAUUAAGAAAUCAAAUAACACAAAGAAAGCUCGUCAUACGUGGCAUGGAUCUGAAAACGUACUGGUUGAUCAGUUCGUGGGGCAACGGGUCGGUCAGUGUCCAAAUAUCGUUAAAGACAACGAAGAGGUCAUUCUAGUGAGCUCUAUUGCGUUGGAAACUCUGUCCGGCGGGUUUGGAAUUCACCAAUCCCUAGAAGAUUACUUGUGUAAAUUCAGGUGUUUCAACGAGAAACGAACGAUCAGGUCGGGGUUUCCUGUGUGCUUUUGCCGAUAACUACAGUUGGGUUUUGUGCACAUGCAGUUAAAGACGUCGUGUUUGGAAAAUCGCAAAUAUGACGUGUUGUAGCCGUGAAGUGCACUGAUGAUUUGAUUUAAAAAGUGGACGUGAAUAUCAACAACGGAAAUGGCUCUGAGAUGGCAGGCGAAGCUCUCCAUUGCUGCCAUACUCUUCAUAUGCACCGAAGACACGUUGAGCCUGGGUGACCGACCGAUGGAUACAGCGGAGCGGCAUUCGAGUGCGAGCAGAUCGCGACAGCAGUUGCUCGAUACUACGGCCAGUCAAAAGUCAAAACUCGAGCCAGGCUUCGACCUAUUACAGCCGACGAAUGUGACCGCUCUUGUUGGCAAGACGGCCUAUCUCACGUGCAGAGUUCACAAUCUCGGUGACAAGACGGUAUCCUGGGUGAGACAUCGGGACAUACACAUUCUAACUGCUGGAGCAUACACAUAUACAAGUGACCAGCGGUUUCAAGCAUUACAUAAGCCGAAUACUGGGUCGAACAAUGAAUGGUCAGAAUGGACUCUAUGCAUUAAAUGGGCUCAAGAAAGAGAUGAGGGUAUCUAUGAAUGUCAAAUUUCAACGAGCCCUCUGAAAUCUCAUCAAUAUCACUUAGAUGUCGUUGUGCCUACAGCGACGAUACUAGGUGGACCAGAGCUUUACGUCGGCGCGGGCAGCACGAUAAACCUGACGUGUGCUAUCCACUUCAGUUGGGAGCCACCGGCUUUUAUCUUUUGGUACUACAACGGAGCCGUGAUGAGCUACGACAGUCCCAGGGGCGGCGUGUCCGUGAUAACUGAGAAGGGCAACGACGUCACGACCUCUUGGCUUCUCAUACAGGCUGCCCAGCCUUCGGACUCCGGGGAGUACAGAUGCAAGCCGAGCAAUGCCAACAUGUCCUCCAUCAGGGUGCAUGUUCUCAACGGUGAACGUCCGGAGGCCAUGCAAACGGGUACUGCGGGUCCUACACUAUCCUCGAGCUGUCUUUUGGUGUCCCUUAUCAUUUUGUACAUAUCCUAUGUGUAAAGCGUACUACCCUUCAAAUGCAGAAAUAGAUACUGCAUACAAUGAGAAGAAAAGGAAUAACAAGGCAUAAAAGAAAUUAAGAUAAGAAAAUGUAACGAAAAUAUAACUGCGCAUACGGACACAGAAGACGGUUUGACGACGAAGGGAUGCUUUUGUUGCCCGAUUGUCGAUAUCAUGACUUAAAAAGCUAACAGAAAACAAAGCAUUUGUAAAAAUACGUAAAACGUAACAUUUUGUGCGCAUUCAUAAACUGCUAUCCGGUAUACAAACGCGCGCAUUCGAGGUUCCAUAGGGAAGAAGUGCGACGAUAAUCCGAGUAAUCCGAGCUGUUGCCCACCAAGCCGUUUUGAGAUACAUAGAUUCCACGACGAAGCAGCAGAGGUUGCCGUGGUAGCAGAAGAAACAGGGGCUUUGAACGCAUAAAUGCUUGAACCAACCUUUUUUACGAUUUUACGUCGAUGCUGUCGCUGCCUUCCUGCUGUGCGCCCUACUCACCCUCAAAAGAAAUAUCGAGAGAGAAGAUCUGUAUUUGAUACUAUUGGCCUUUUCUCACUGUCGUGUGCUCUCUAUCUGAAAAACGUAAAGAAUAACUGCAGUUCGUAUAACAGAAACUAAAUCGUGACUAGCUUGGACAAGAGGCCCUUAAAACUCAUACUUCCAAAUUGCCGUGGUGCGACGAAAUGAAAUCUUGAAAUGCCUUUUCGUAUCAAAUAUUCUCUUUCCUUUAGUCAAUCCCUGUAGUAUUAAAACUCUGUAUAAUUCAAAUAUAAGCUCGUUGCCACGCAUACAAACAAUAGACACAUAUACAUACACGCACGGCAGGAAGGGAGAAGAGAGUUCAAGUGAAAUGUGUUUGGGGCCUUUAUGUGGUAUGGAUUUGAAUUCUGAUGGAUAUCUUUAAUCUAAUGUAUGUGAGUAUUUUAACAUUAUAUAUUUUUUUUUAGAUUAAUUACAUAGAAACUCUUUCAUAUGAUUUGGAUGUCAAGAUUUUAGACAGUUAUAUCGGCAUAAAAUGUGCCCUGUUGAUUUUUCAAAAAUUUAAAUUAAAGUAAAAAUAACAAUUAACGCUAUUAUUGCUAUUUGGAAUCUUAAACAACAAUAGAAAUUGACUCAGAAAAAUCAUAUCUCGAAAUCAAUUUAGCUUAAAACGUUUAAAUACUUCUAUUUAAUUUCCAAUGUUUAUCUUUUCAUAUUUAUUGGUUUACUAAUGUUUUGAUUUGCAGUAUUCAGUAUAAAUUGCAGGUAAAAAUUUAAGUUUAUUUGUUAAGAUUUUCAUGAAUGAACUUGAAAAAUGUGAGGUGUCUUCAACGUAGGUGUUUGUAAUGCGCAAGUUAUCGACAAAUUAUGAUUUUUCUUCAGAGUAAUACAAACUAUGUGCAAUCAAUUUUUUUAUCUUUGUCCCUAUAUGAUAUGAGUAAUCAUUUGCUUAUAUUUCAAUUGUAAAUAAUUUACAUUUUCUGAGACUAAAUUGUUACAUUAUAACAAUCUUGUUAGACUGAAUAUAAUAACUAAUUUAAAAAGUGUAACUUUAUAUACGACGAUGAGUUAUAUGUAAUCAUCCAAGAUCGUUUGACUCAAAGUGAAUAAAUUGUUGAUAUAUGUAAAUAAAACCUUUAUUAGUAGGUGUAAAAUAUUUUAGUUAAAUUUAUUAUCAUGUCUGAAUUGCUUUGCUAGUCUAAUCCAAGUCAGAUAUUACAAUUUUUGUUUAAAUUAUUAUGUAUACCUAAUGAUAUAAAGUUCAUUAAAUAAGCACUAACAAAAAUUUUCAUUCCAACCAUAUGCCAAAAAUAAUGUUUUUUAUUAAAAAUAAUUAACUUGGAGAAUGAUAACUUCAUAACUCUAUGCAACUUUCCAAGUUUUUUUCGUAAUCUGUAUAGACGUGAGUUAUGAAGUUAAUAGGAUGAAAUUUCUAUACUGAGAGAUUGCGUUUACGUCGUUAAUGUUUCUAGACAUUAAAAUAAAGUCGACUUUAAAAGAGUCCUGUUCUUUUUUCAUUGACUCCAGAAAGAGCUUCGAAUAUACAUGGAUGCGUUUAAAUUGUAAAUAUGUUGUGAUGAUACUAAAAUUGAAUUUAGUAUUCAAACAAUCGGUUUGACAAAAAUGUACUUUGUCAAACAAAAUUUAGAUAGCAAUGACUUAUGUUAGUUCUCAUUAUAAGGUAUGUAAAUAUAUUUUUGUUUCUAAGACAAAAAAUAUAUAGAUAUAUAAUAUGAAAACGCUAACUAAAAUAUAUCUGUAAUAAUUAAACGACUUUACUUUGAAACUUACACCACAUAACUUGUUUUCUACGAUAUGUUUCUUCGUAAUUAAGUAAUUUAUAAUUUGUGAAAAUGUAUGAUGAAUUUUUAUAUUGUAACUCCACAAUAAUAAAUGUUGGUGUUUCUACAUUUUGAGUUAACGACUUCUUUGAGCAAAAAAUUGUUGAAGAAAUAUUUGAUGAUUGUUUUUGAAAAAAAUCUGCGAUGUAUUUGAAAUAAUACUAUAAAAGGCUAAUGAUAACGAACGUUUAUGUGAAAUGAAUGUACAUUAUAUAUAAUUAUAAUAGAACUCAUGGUUUCUUUACAAUAGCAAGUAGUGUGAUAAAACCAAAAUAACAUAUGGUAUUAAAACAAUAUCAUUCUGACGCAUUUAAAGAUAAUGUUAUAAUUUAUUGAUUCGAUUACAUUAAUCAACGAAUGAAACUAAUAUGUGUUUAUUUCAUAAGCAUUGCACAACAAUAUACACGAAUAAACGAUUUUACAAAAAUA